AGGGAAGUGAAGGAAAGCAAAGAAAAGAAAAGAAAAGAAAAGAAAAGAGAAGGAACAAUACGAAACGAAAAGAAAAAAUCAACACCAUUGAAGUGGGAAGUGACAGAGAUUGAGAUUGAGAUUGCGCUUCACAUAACGGCGCAUCGCAGUUUACGAGUGUCCAUCACCACUACAACACCGUGCAGCAAUGGAAGACUAUUGGGGUCUUAGCAGCACUACGGAUAUAAAUUGCACUCAGCCCGCCAUUGAUGACUUCCCCAGAGACCUGUUCUCGGAGGCGCAAAGACAGUCCGGUGCUGUUGUACUUCAUGUUAUAGCCAGUUUAUAUUUAUUUGUAGCCUUAGCAGUAGUGUGUGAUGAGUACUUUGUUCCAGCAGUUGAGAAAAUAUGUGCAGCACUCAACAUGUCCAACGAUGUGGCGGGGGCCACGUUCAUGGCCGCGGCCACUUCCGCUCCGGAGCUGUUCGUCAACGUGAUAGGCACUUUCAUCACGGAGGGCGACAUCGGAGUGGGCACCAUCGUGGGAUCGGCAGUCUUCAACAUCCUAGCCGUGGCCGCCUGCUGCGGUAUCGGAGCCGGCAUGACCAUACCGCUGGACUGGUGGCCGCUGACCCGAGACAGCAUCGCAUACGGCGUCACCGUGGCCAUCCUCAUCUGCGUGAUGCACGACGAGCGCGUCGAGUGGUACGAGGCCCUCAUUCUAGUAUCGCUCUACGCCGUCUACCUGGCGGUCAUGUAUUUCGACAAGACGUUCCAAAAGUGUGCCAAAGGUGGCGUAAAGCAGGCGCGCACGCGCAGCCGGUCCUCCAACUGCAGCAUCCACACAAAGAACAGCAAUGAGAAGGAACCAGACCUCGUGGAGAACCGCAUCUGCCAGAAUAUGGCCAGCAUCCAGCUGAACGGGGGCUUGAACAAUGACCAGGCCAAGACCUCAACGGGAACCAUAGCCAUUACCACAACCACAACCACGAUCACAUCAGCACCUGGAGUCGCAACCACAACAGGCGGUGGCGGUGGCGGUGGCGGUGGAGGAGGAGGAGGAGCAGGUAACGCCCAAGGUGGGGUCAUAACUGACAUGGCACCCCUGGAUAAUGCCGAGUCCGAAGCGCAGCCAGUGGUAGCUCCUCCUGAGCAGCAGCAGGAGGAGGGCUACUCCCUGCUGACAUAUCCGAAGGACAAGAGCUGCUUUGCUCAGUUCACCUGGCUCAUCAUUUGGCCCAUACAUCUGCUCUUCCGAAUCGCCAUUCCCGACUGCAAAAAGGCCAAGAACAACAAGAUCUUCCCGCUGACCUUCAUCAUGUGCAUUGUAUGGAUUGGAUCCCUUUCCUACGUGGUGGCGUGGAUGAUCACCAUAAUUGGCGACACACUUAAGAUACCUGAUUCGGUGAUGGGGAUCACGUUCCUAGCAGCGGGCACCAGCGUGCCAGAGGCCGUGUCCAGUGUGAUUGUUGCCAAACGCGGUCACGGAUCAAUGGGUAUUUGCAACUCGAUUGGAUCCAACACCUUCGAUAUUCUUCUGUGCCUGGGCGUGCCCUGGCUGAUCAAGGCAGUUUUCUUUCCUAUUCAGCCGGGCCAGAACUAUGUGGCCAUCAACUCGGCCGGACUGGAGUACUCGGCGAUCACACUGCUGUCCACACUAUUUCUGCUCUACUUGACAUUCUCCACGAAUAAAUUCAAGCUGGACAAGAAGGUGGGCACCGCGUGCCUAGUCAUGUAUUUGGUCUUUAUGGUCUUUGCCUCACUCAUCGAACUAAAUGUGUUCUUCCGCGUCAAUCUACCCACCUGCGGACGGUCAUGAUCUUGCACAGAUGGAUGGAUGGAUGGAUGGAUGGAUGGAUGGAUGGGUGGGUGUAUGGGUGUAUGG